GAGGUGAGAAGGGGAAGUGUUCUAGUAUUUACACCCGUACCUGAAGUGAUCAGAUAAACCAGUCUUACAUUUUGCAAUAUUUCUUUCUUACUUCAGGAUCCUAAACCAAUUCCCCUUUCCCUGCCCCACCCCCUCAGCCAGUUCAUAUAAAACUCACUCUGCCUUUAGCAACACCUUGCUAGGCUGUUGUCUGUUAGUGCAUGAGUGUCUGCCUUCUCUCUAGGAGAAUGGACACUUAUAUCUCUGUAGCUGACCCUUCUGUCUUGCUCUGCUUGAGUAUGACUGCAGCAUUUGGAAUAAUCACCUUUUACAAAACCAAGAAGAACCAAGUGGAGAAAAAGUGUGUAUUUGCCCGUGGUCUCCUCCUGCUGCUUUUAUUGGGAAUACUCUGUUUUGCCACGCUGAAAAGUUAUGUAGGCUUAAUCCUGUUCUCCAUGGCAUGUCUCAUCUGUUACAUUCACUUAUCAGUUCAAACAAUGUUACCUGUGGACAACAAAGCUGUAUUGAUCACAGGAAGUGAUUCCGGGAUUGGACAUGCAUUGGCGAAGUACCUUGAUAAUUUAGGAUUUGUUGUAUUUGCUGGUGUCUUAAAUAAAAAAGGAGCUGGGGCUGAAGAAUUAAAAAGAAGCUGUUCCCAGAGACUUUGUGUCCUGCAACUGGAUAUAACCAAUUCUGCACAAAUUAAGGAAGCCUAUCUUAAAAUUUCAGAGAUGGUGCAAAAUACAGGGUUAUGGGGUGUUGUCAACAACGCUGGAAUCUUGGGGUUUCCUGCAGAUGGUGAGCUGCUGCCCAUGAGUGUUUACAAGCAGUGUAUGGAUGUGAAUUUCUUUGGGCAUGUAGAGGUGACCAAAAUGUUCUUACCGUUACUUCGGAAAUCCAAAGGAAGGCUAAUUAAUAUCUCUAGUAUGGCAGGAGGCAUUCCGAUGACAAGGUUUGCCGCAUAUGGUGCAUCAAAAGCAGCUCUGUCCAUGUUUUCCGGAGUAAUGAGGCAGGAGCUUGCCAAAUGGGGAAUUAAAGUUGCUGCAGUUCAUCCAGGAGGCUUCAGAACAGGCAUACAAGGUACAUCUGAGCUGUGGGCUAAGCAAGAAAAGCAUCUUCUGGAGAAUCUCACACCAGACGUGAAGAAAGAUUAUGGUGAAGACUACAUUGAAGCACUGAAAAAUUUCCUCCUGCACAUGCCAGUUCAUUGUGCUCCUGACCUCUCUCCAGUACUAGAUGAUGUUCUCAAUGCUUUAUUGGCAAAGAGUCCACAUGGUUUAUACACUCCAGGCAAAAGUGCUUACCUAGCUCUGUGUACCUUUUGCUAUUUUCCUCUCUGGCUUUACGAUUUGUACAUUGGUAAGAUGCAAAGUAACAAAAGUGUACCCAGUGCUUUAAGGGCAUCAGAGGCCAAAAACAAGAACACGUAAGCAGAGUGUGGAAUUCCGUCAGCAUUUUAAAUUACACCAGGAGAACAGGGCAAGGUUUUGUGUGAAGACACCGUUUGCUACAUUGCAAUUUACUGGGGCCCUUUGCUCGACAAAUUGCAUUCCAGCUGCUGGGCAAUUGGGGCUGAGGUUAAUCUUGAAGCUUUGUGUAUUUUAGGCCUUGUCUACACUACGGGGGGAGAUUGAUCUAAAUUAUGCAACUUCAGCUAUGUGAAUAAUGUAGCUGAAGUUGACGUACUUAGAGCUACUUACCGCGGGGUCCACACUAUGCGAUGUCGACUGCACUUGCUGAGGACUAGCUUCUUGGCAAGUUUUAAAAAUAACUUCAUUUUAUUUGAGUGCCAAAAAAAGUUAUUUUGUUUAAGUACUUGGGGAUCAAAUGCUUCUCAUAUAUGGGAUAACUCAAUCAUGGUCAAAUUAAAUUUUACUUUAAAACAUU